UUAUAUUGGACACGCUGAGGUGGGGUAAAGAGACAGAAGAGGCAAAAAAGGACAAGAGAGGACGUGAGCGGAGAAAUUAGGGGAAAGGUGUGUGCCCACCAUGACGGAAAGGUGCAGUCUGUGGAGCGCACUGUCGGCUGCAGCAUGCUGCUUCUACCGGGGAUCCUUCAUGCAGGUGCAGUUCUCCAAGGAGAAGUACUUGCUGGAGUCUCCACCCGAGAAGCUGCGUAAGGAGCUGGAGGAGGAGCUGAAGCUGAGUCCUGCUGACAUCAGGAGCCAUGGCUGGUACCAUGGACACAUACCCAGAGAGGUGUCAGAGACUCUGGUGCAGCAUCACGGAGACUUCCUGGUGCGUGACUCUCUGAUCAACGUGAGUGACUACGUGCUGACCUGUCGGUGGGAUAACGAGGUGUUGCACUUCAAGAUCAGCAAAGUCCUGGUCAAAUCCAGCGACACCAAGGUGCAGUAUGUGCUGGAGUCAGACAGUUUCGACUCGGUCCAGGAGCUGGUGCGCUUCUACGCGAGUCAGCGCAAAGCCAUCUCACAGUCCAGCGGCGUCCACAUCUACUGUCCAGUGAGCCGGACCCUCCCGCUGCGCUACCUGGAGGCCACCUUCGCCCUGUCCGGUGGAAAACACGGCUGCGCCUACUCGCCGUCCAAUCAGAGGGGAGCGUACAUCAAGAGGCGGAGCGUCACCAUGAUGGACGGGCUCACGACGGAGAAGAUGAUGCCUCACAGUGACUCAGACAGCCCCAGUCCAGUUGAGACACCAGUGGCACCACCGGAACCACAGCUGCAACCUGUGCCCAAAUGCAGCCCUUCCACCAUCCACCACCACAAAGACGCAAUGAGGAACUGUGCGAUGAGCAUGGACCAGAUUCAGGAGUACCGCUGCCCCUUGUCGCCUGUCGGCGAGACACCGAUGUCUCCUGCCUAUUGUGCAAUCACCAGACAGAGAGCCCACUCAGGUGGGCGAGUCCUGGCUGUGGUGCCACCUUCCCCCGUCACGAGGCGUUCCAGCGACCCUCAGCUCAGCCCCUCUUCCAGCAACAACCCUCCAGAACAUCCGGCCCACGUCUCUCAUUCGGCCCACUCCUCUCCGGCCCAUCAUCCCGGUGUCCAGUCGUACUCCUCCGAAACAGCGGGCAGCUACUGCGACCUCAGACCUUGCCCUGCCGGACCCCCUAAACCCCCCACCAAGAGCUACGUGGAGCGGUUGCGGGUGGAGGAAGGGAAGAACGAAGGCGGGAGGGAGGAAGGAGACGGGAUGUGCAGCGCUCCAAAGGUGGAGACCGCUUCCUUGUUCCGACCAUCCAGCCAUUUAGAAGCUGACUUCCUAGUGUGUUUUGGAUCGUUAUCCUGCUGCAAAACCCAAGUGCGAUUCGGCUUGAGGCUGAACAUUCUCCUUCGGGAUUUUCCAUUAAAGAGCAGAAUUCAUGGUUCCAUCAAUCACAGCAAGUUGUCCAGGUCUUCAAAUCGUAAACCAACCCAAGACCAUCACACUUCCACCACCAUGUUUGACUCUUGGUAUGAGUCUUACAUCAUGCCUGCUGACAAUAAACCUCUAGAGAUGUCCGUGCUGAAGAGAGUGAAAGAGCUGCUGGCUGAAGUGGAUGCCAGGACGGCAGCUAAACACAUCACCUUGGUGGACUGCACGAUUGCGAGAAUACUGGGUGUCAACUCAGAGAUGCAAAGGAUGAUGGGAGUGUCCUCGGGCUUGGAGUUACUUACACUACCUCACGGACACCAGCUGAGACUUGACCUACUGGAGAGGUUCUACACCAUGUCUAUCGUGAUGGCCGUGGAUCUGCUCGGCUGCACGGGAAGCACUGAGGAGCGGGCGGCCCUGCUCCAUAAGACCAUCCAGUUGGCGGCCGAGCUGAAGAGCAACCUGGGUAACAUGUUUGGCUUCGCUGCUGUGAUGAGGGCCUUGGAGCUGCCGCAGAUUUCCCGCCUGGAGCAGACGUGGGUGACAUUACGUCAGAGACAUACUGAAGGUGCCAUCCUGUAUGAGAAGAAGCUCAAACCUUUCCUGAAGAAUUUGAACGACGGAAAAGAGUCCAGCAUUGUGUCCAGCACCACCUUCCCGCACAUUAUCCCUGUCCUGUCUUUGCUGGAGCGAGGCCUGGCCCUCGGAGAGGUGCUGGAGCCAUGGGAGAGCGGCGAGGUGGGCGUCGAUGUGGUCAUGCACCACCUGGAGGCGGCUCGAGCUGUCGCGCAUCACGGUGCGAUUUACAGGAGCAAUGUGGAAAGCAAAUUGCAGGGAUUCCAGGUGCAAGCCGACAUUCACGAGAUCUUCCAGACGGAGUUCCAGAUGCGUUUGCUGUGGGGGAGCCGCGGAUCCGAGGGGAGCCAGCUGGAGCGCUACGAGAAGUUCGACAAGGUCCUCACCGCCCUCUCGCACAAGCUCGAGCCUCCGGUGCGCCACAGCGAGCUAUAGCGACAAUAGUCACAAAAAAGACACCCUGCCUCUGCACUUACCACUCCGAAGUGGUCUUGUCUUGCAUGGCCAAAAAGGGGGACACGGAGUAGUGCGGGUGGACCACUGUGAGUAGAGAGGCAGCUAAAAGUACAGCGAGAUGUCACUUGCUACACAACAUGCACUCACUGCGGACUCACUGCAAACUAGCACUGUGGAAGUCCUCACUUCUCCCUAAAAUGUCCAUGAGAGGAGACAAGACGAUGAGUAUGGUGUCCCCUGAGGGACAACAUGCAGCGUUUGGCUUUGCUCCGCACACACAGAUGCUUCCCUGCUGUCUCACGCUGUAGUAGAAAUGACUGCUAAUGAUCUUAAUUAGAUCAUAAUGUACAUGUCUUUCUGUGUAUGCGUGUGUGUAAAUCAUGUGAACAUUCCUUUAUUUCUUACUUCUUUUGUAAAGGAUCUCCAUCCAUUAAGGGCAUUUGGUUUCGCAAACCUUGUGACAAGUGGGAAGGAGCCAUAAAAGCUCAUUCAGGAUGGAGCAGUUCCAUCAAAUAUGUAUCAGCCACUUAUUAGUACAUGAAUCCCAAAUAAAGAAGUAGAAGUCUAGGCUUUGAGAGUUGUUCAAAACAACCGGGGUACAGCCAACAUGCUUGUGUGUGUCCGCUAAAUGUUGCUAAAAGCAGUAUUAAGUGAGGCAAGGUUACUUUAAAAGCCCCAUGUAUGUUUUAUUUACAGCAUAAAUCCUUAUAAAAAGACUAGUGAUGGGCAUUUGGACAAAUUAACAAAUUUAUUAUUUCAUUUUUUUAUGUAGAGGGAGACUGCAUGUUUUCACCUCCUGUUUCAAUGCGUGUCCUGUUCAGCUGUUAGGUCAACCAGAAAGGAAGGUCUGUUUCCCUUUUAUCCCGGAACAGUUUUACUGUGUCACAGUGGACUUUUCAAGCUGCCACUGUGGUUUCUUUGUAUUCUGGUGGAUAUUUCUUGAGAAUUACAGUCGUUCAGUCGAACAGAACAAAGUUUUUAAAGGCGAGUGACAGAAAAAACAAAGGAGAGAGAGAGAGAGAGAAAAGGUAACUAAAUAAUACAGAAAAAAGACAACAAAAGGCAAAGAAAAGGAUUAUAUAACGAGCACAAUGACACAUUGGAUUCGAGUGGUGUAUGGGUCAGUAGUGCUACACCCUGUGAGGGAAGGACAGGAUAAUAUAGGACAGGACUGGACAGGACAGGGACAGGAGGGGAAGCAUGCAGGACAGGGGUCGUGGACCCGGCUGUGUGUGGUGGGAGUGGCUAUGUAAAUUAUAAACAUCUGUAGGACCAGAGUGUAAGUGAGGGGAUAACCAAGAAAUUCAGAUAGUUAUAAGUUAUUUGUCGCAAUGAGUGAAUGGCCCCACACCCAGCGAAUAAGUCUCAGGGGUGUGUGUCUGCACAUGCAAGUGAAUUGACACCGUUUCGCAUGCACAAUAACCGUCAGAAGUGUCCUGUAAUUGCUGCGCCUGCACCGCAGGGGCUGAGGUCCCCACCCCACCCAAUCGGGCCCAGGAGUCUGGAAAGGUGGACAGGACACCUCCCAUACGGAGGGAUCCAGGGUGGUCCAACGGCCCCACGAGGCGCCCAGAAAACCGGCCACCAUGAGGUGGCCGCAGGGACACCACGCCACCCACCAGCCAACCCCCUCCCCCCACACCCCACCCCACCCCACCCUCCUCGCCGCCACCACCGCCGCCAGCAAAGCGAGGCGCACCCCACCAACCCGCUAGGCCCACAAUGUAGCCAGUCCCCGCCCAGCCCGAAGGUGAGACGGUGUCCCCUGUUUGGUGGAAAGGAGGGCGGAUAGGGGCGCCCGACAAGUGAACGAUAAGGGGAGUACCCGGAGAGCAGCCACGGGGCAUGAGAGGUGAGCCCCCACACCAAUGCAAGUGUUGUGUCUGGAUGUAGCACAACUGCCCGGAGAUAAUCUGUUGUUCUUGAGAAUGUAAAAGCAACACCGCCUUCAGUAGGGCACUCCAUUUUGCCUCAAUUAUGCAAAUAAUCAACAAUCAAUUCCGCAAAAAUCGAUAAAAAGGAUUGAACGAUGGUUUACAGUGUAAUCCCCCGCUUUACAAAAGGACUUCAGCAUUUCUUGAAUAAUUCAUAUUAAAGGUUCUAAAUGAAUCUCAUGAAACCGAUUAAACUAAAAACUUUCUAAAUAAAACAAACUAUAUAAUGCUUCUUGGAUGCGCCCAGUUUGUGAUAAUUCAAUUGAAUAUAAGAAAAGGUAUAAACCACAAGUUGGGAUCACAGACUGCUCAAAACAAAUCAAGGGAACAGCCAAAUCACAAAUCCAAGAUCUCGAUGAAUGAAAUAUUCCAGGUGAAAAUACUUUUUUCAUUAAAAAAUGUAAUUUGUUAAACUCAAAAGUACCAAUGAUUAAUGGAAAUCCAAAUUUUAGAAUCGUAUUGUGCCUCUCCUGAUGUUGGGGCCUGUCUCUUGGUAUCUCAUGAUGUACCAUCCUGGAGGAGUUGCACAAGGAAAAAUGCAAAAUUAGCCAGCGAUAUUGGCUGACACAGGAGCGGACAGGUAUCCUGGAAGUGCAACUGACUUGGGAGUUACACUGUGAUUGAUGAUUAUGUGUUCCCUUUAUUCUUUUCAGCAGUGUUUUUGAAUACUUGGAGAGUAAUUGGUUCCUUGUUCAUGAUAACAAUAGUCGCUACUGUAUAGGGAAUGGGCGUUUGACUAGAUUUCCUCGAUCUUGAUAUAGCGCAAAUCAAUUUAACUCUGUAAAUAUUCUGAGCUCCUAUUUCCAUGCAUGACAUAGUUUGGGUGUUAUUCGACUUCCCAGACAUCAUGUCGCUCAUCUUUAAGCAGAUUACACACAGAAAUCUUUAACAUCUGAACUCACUUUUUAAAUGUGAGAGACUCCAAAAAUAACUGGGAAAAAAAAAAUCUGCAAGCGUGUGCUUACUCCUCUUUUAUUUUGUGGUGAACUUGUGAUGACAAACACCGCAAACCACACACAUACUGUAACUAUCAACUCUCACUUCCCCAAACCAAAUGUCUGUCGUAGGACCAAGACUGACUUGCACGAGGCAGCAUGGUGCCACAAGGCAUCCAGACUGGUAGAAGAUGUCGAAGAAGCUAGGCUUACUGUUAGCUUAUCUGGUAUCUACACUGCAGUUGCGAAACUCUUCUAGUUUUCUUUUGUGUGUGUGUGUGUGUGUGCGUGUGUGUGCGUGUGUGGUGAAUGACUUGGGAUACACGUUUAACAUACCCCGCACCACACGAUAAUGGCUCAGGGUAUCUUUUAAUUACAUCUCGGUAGAUUACGAUCGGAAGGCGGGAAAGAAAUGCUCUGAUUCAACAGGAUUAUCGGUAUGUGUGUAUCCCGUUUAAAACAGCAAACUAGUUAAGACUGAAGAGACAGCGCCUCCAGUGGCAAACCUCAUUGGACAGAAUAAUCAAUUAUCAUGCCUAUCCCUAACACUAGCACCAUAAGUGUACAACAAAAACAGUACAGAUAUCAGUAUUCAAUAAUUUCCUCCAUAAGGACAUAUGGGUUCCUACUUACGCUUACACUUGGUAGACUGCUGGUGUUGGAUGUCAUCUUUCGAGGAUGUGAGCCUGAGAGGGCUGCGGCUGACUCUCAGAGCUACAGUGGGUGCGGAAAGUAUUCAGACCCCCUUAAAUCUUUCACUCUUUUUUUACAUUGCAGCCAUUUUCUAAAAUCAUUUAAGUUAUUUUUUUCCACAUUAAUAUACACACAGCACCCCAUAUUGACAGAAAAAAAACUGAAUUGUUGAAAUUUUUGAAGAUUUAUUCAAAAGGAAAAACUGAAAUAUUACACAGCCAUAAGUAUUGAGACCCUUUGCUCAGUAUUUAGUAGAAGCACCCUUGUGAGCUAAUGGAGCCAUGAGUCUUUUUGGGAAUGAUGCAUCAAGUUUUUCACACCUGGAUUUGGGAAUCCUUUGCCAUUCCUUGCAGGUCCUCAAUUGGGUUUAAGUCAGGGCUCUGGCUGGGCCAUUCAAAAACAGUCACGGAGUUAUUUUAGCUGUGUGCUUAGGGUCACUGUCUUGUUGGAAGGUGAACCUUCAGCCCAGUCUGAGGUCCUGAGCACUCUGGAGAAGGCAUGCUGCCAUCACCAUGCGUCACUGUUUGGACUGUAUUGCUACAGGACUCUGCAUCUUUUUGCACAAUUGUCAAACAAAUAAUAAGAAUAAUUUACCGGAAUUACCAAAUAACUAGCAACCCUUUAUUGCUCAGUGACUGUUUUUGUCAAUGUCUUUAUGUCUCAAAAGUGUUCUGUCAAUUGACUGUCUGUUGUCUCCAACUCCCGGAGACAAAUUCCUUGUGUGUUUUUUGGACAUACUUGGCAAAUAAAGAUGACUCUGAUCUGUUCUGUUCUGUUCUGAGGUGAUGAGCAGUGCCGGGUUUUCUCCACACAUGCCCCUUAGACUU